UCUAGCCAGGACCGUUAGAUGGCGCGCGCAGCUUUACAAAAUUCCAAGAAUUCCCAUUCCGCUGAGAUUGUUCUGUGCGCUUUGUAGAUGAAGCCAGUUGUCUCCGGGACAUUACAUUUUUUUGACUCCGCUCCACGAUUUAAAGCCCAAAACCGAGUUUUGUUACAUGUACAUUAUUGUUAGAUAAAGAAGUAUCGCGAAUACUUCAGUUGAUUAAACCAGGCUUGGUUUUUGGUUGAGGAUCCGUGGAAAGCAGAGAGAGCGCGGAUAACGGUAACUUUCGAGCCGUACUUUCGCCAUGUUCCGCAGCAACUUGGAAGGCAGUGGCGCAGCAGCAGUAAGUGUGGAGCACCCCCCUUUCGCGAUAAACCCUCCUACAAAGGGUUUCCUCUUCUGCUUGCAGGACAACUUUGCGGCAUUCCACGCAAGAGGAGGACUCAAUAUGCUGGGUCUGCAGGACAUGUACUUGGACACCAAUGGCGCCAACUCGUCGUCGGCAACUCUCAGUCCGCCCAGCACCCCCCUGACGCCACUGACCCCCGACCCGCCGACUGCCCAGACGACGCACUUUCCCCUCCUGGCGGACAGCGCCGCCUCUGCCAAUACGCUCCUGCUCCAGCGGCAGUACCACUACCACUUGCUGCUCCAGCAGCAGCAACAACAACUGGCCCUGGCGCAGCACCAAUUGGCCUUGGCUGCAUCGGCGGCGGCGAGUCACCAGCACAAGGACGAGAUUGCUCGAUCUUUGAAAAUCUUUGCGCAGCUGACGACGGGCGCAGCAGAAAACGCGACUGGCUCCAUGCACGAUGUAAUGCAGGAUUUUGCAACCAACGGCUAUGUGAGCGAUGACCUUGGCCGCUUUUCCUACGGGAGUGCUCCGCCUCAGGCGCAGACACCUCCGCCGGCUCAGCAGCAGCAGCCACAACAACAAGGAAUGCACUUGCCACUGGGACGCAAUCCUGUAAUGCAGUCCAAUGGGGCCAACUUGAUGUCCGUGGCCACACCACUGGCCUCCCAAUGGCUGCACAACUACCGCGAGCAGCUAAACAGCGUAUGGAGAAACAUGUCCUACACCAGUGCCGUGCAGGCCCAGGCACAAGCUACAGUUGCCAUGUCCCCCAAUCUCGGCAUGGGAAUGGGUCUGGGAUUGCCCCUGCAGCCGGACCAGCUGCGCGGUGCUUCCAAUCCCAGCAACAACAAGGUGCACAAGCGAUACAAUAACAACAACAAGGCCAAAGAGAUCAGCCGCCACUGCGUCUUUUGUGAGAAUAACAACGAACCAGAGGCGGUGGUCAACAGCCACACAGUAAGAGACAACUUCAACCGAGUACUGUGCCCCAAGCUGCGCACCUACGUCUGCCCCAUAUGCGGGGCAUCUGGGGACUCGGCGCACACCAUUAAGUACUGCCCCAAGAAGCCGAUUAUCACUAUGGAGGAUGCUAUCAAGGCGGAGUCAUUCCGCCUGGCCAAGAGUAGCUACUACAAGCAACAGAUGAAGGUCUAGAGAACACAUCCGGCAGGAGCAGAGGCUCUGGCAGCUUUUGCAGCGUUUAUAUAGUCAGAAAUAUAUAUACGCGUUCCGAUCGCAGCUGGAUUUACCAGAUAGAUAAUACUUUAAAUAGCGCCUGGCGCGUUCGAUUUUAUAGAGUUUUAGAGACUUAUCUCGUGCCUAUAUUCCUUAUAGUAUAGUCAAAGAGCGAUCACUCAAAUCAAUUCAAAGUCAAUUAUUCGAAAAUUUAUGUCCGUUUCUGUGAAAAGGAAACCAAUUUUGUAAUGGAAGAGUACUCACAAUAUCGUAAUAUUUGUUCAAUCGUCGUGGCCGAUAGAAACAU